GUUACCACCAAGAUUGUCAAUAUGGCGAUCCGGACCACGUUCUUUCAUCCUCCUCAUCAUCACUCUCACAACUCUGACUUCAGCAAACAACUAUAUCACGAGCAAAGAGCUGCAUCAUUCCGUUCCAAAGCCAUCCUCCACCCUCGGCGGGACCAUGCAAGUCCUCUGUGCGCAUAGCUUUCGGGGGCUUUCUUCUUCUGUCUUUCUUCAGCUUCUGCUCUUCCUGUGCUCAUCUUGCGCAUAUGGGUUUGGGACGAUGGGGCCAAUAUCGGCCUCAUUUGGUAAAUAUGAAUUUUUCUGCGCCAUCGAUGCAAGUGGGAAGCAGGACGUCAUUUGCUGGGGGAAGAACAACACAUCAUCGGCUCCACCUUCUUCUUCGUCCUCAGCCUCUGUUACUGACAGCUCUCCUAUGGCAGCUUUAUCCGGCGGCGAAGGUUUCAUGUGUGGCAUUCUAGCAAACACUUCGCAAGCAUACUGCUGGAGUGCUACAAAACCAGCGAUAGAUCUUGUGCCUCCUGCAUACCAAUCCUAUGCUUAUUGGCAAAUAGCAGCCGGCAAGAGUCAUGUUUGUGCCAUCAGGGGAUCUUAUUAUUCUAAUGAGGAUUUCGGAAUUGUUGAUUGUUGGGAAAUUGUGAGAACUGCGGACGACAGCUUGAAAUGGAAACAGAGCGAUUUGUAUUACGAUCAGUCAACUAGCAAUCUCGCAUUAAACAAGGUUGUAGCAGGUGAGGGAUUCUCUUGUGGUGCGGUCAGAGACGGAGGGCUUGUCUGUUGGGGACCUACAUCUGCGAGUUUAGGGGUAUCGAAUGUGUCCGAGAACUUCUCAGUCUUGGUCUCGGGAAGGAGUUCAAUAUGUGGGCUUUUGAAUGUUUCGGGAGAUUUGAAAUGUUGGGGUGAUGCAGAUUCGUUUGCUGAUCCACCUGAUGGGGCCAGAUUAAUCUCUCUGUCAGCCGGGGCUCGCCAUUACUGUGGUAUUCGAGCAGAUAAUCAUAGAGUGGAGUGUUGGGGGAGUUUCAACUCGUCUGUGGUUCCAAAAGGUUCUGGAUUUAUGGCAAUUGCUUCUUCGGAUUAUUCAACUUGUGGCGUUAGAGAAGAAGAUCUUCUGAUUGAUUGCUGGAUGGUGAAUGCGUCCACGGCCGAGUUUGAUCCUCCAUUGGAAUUAUCAAGUCCCGGUCUCUGCAGUUCCAGUUCAUGCAGUCAAGGUGAGUUUGCUUUCAAUGUUAGUAUUCUGAAUGAGCCAGGUUUAACAAGCCUUUGCGUUCGAAAAGAUUUGAGAAUCUGUUCGCCCUGUGGCUCAAAUUGUUCAGAAGGCUUUUUCUUGUCCAGCCCAUGCACUGAGAAUUCCGAUAGGGUAUGCACUGCUUGUUCUCUUUGCCAAAAUAGCUCCUGCUGGGAUGUUUGUCGACUUGAGUCGUCUCCAGAUGCUGUUCAUAAGAAGAGCUGGCACCAUUUGCGUCGAUUAUUAAUCAUAAUUGGGUCAGCUACUUUGGGAUUCUUGUUUAUCAUGACUUGUGGGUGUAUUCUUCCAUAUUUGAUCACUAAGAAAGAAUCCAAAUCUGGCACGGCCAAAGCAGAGCAACCGGUUGAUCCUAAUGUUGAUCUUCACUCUUUUCCUUCUACAACUUCCUGUCCCGGGAUGCCUCAGAUUUUCCGACUCUCAGAGCUAAAGGAUGCCACUAAUGGGUUCAAGGAAUUCAACGAGCUUGGCCGAGGAAGUUAUGGCUUUGUAUACAAAGCUGUAUUAGCGGACGGCAGGGUGGUUGCAGUGAAGAGGGCCAAUGCUGCCACAAUCAUCCACACCAACAAUCGUGACUUUGAAAUGGAACUGGAAAUCCUCUGCAAAAUCCGUCACUGUAAUAUCGUGAACUUGUUGGGCUACUGUGCAGAGAUGGGGGAGAGGCUUCUUGUGUACGAGUAUAUGCCGCAUAGCACACUUUAUGAUCACCUUCAUGGUGGGCUUUCUCUACUGAGUUGGAGCCUCAGGCUAAAAAUAUCCAUGCAAACUGCAAAAGGUCUUGAGUAUCUGCAAAAGGAACUUGCGCCACCAAUUGUGCAUAAGGAUCUCAAGAGUUCCAACAUUCUCUUGGACUCCGAAUGGGGAGCGAGAAUUUCAGACUUUGGGCUCCUCACUUCCGGUGACAAAGAUCAAAUUGCGGAUGUGCAGAACGAUGUUUACAACUUUGGCAUUGUAUUGCUUGAGAUUCUGAGUGGAAGAAAAGCUUAUGAUGGAGAUUUUAUGCCUCCAAACAUAGCUGAGUGGGCAGUGCCUCUGAUCAAACGGGGGAAAGCUGCGGCUAUAAUCGAUCGCUCUGUGCCUCUUCCGAGGAUCGUUGAGCCAUUGCUGAAGCUGGCUGACAUUGCAGAGCUGGCUGUGAGACACAAUCCCAGCGAGCGUCCGCCUAUGUCAGAUAUAGCAUCUUGGUUGGAGCAGAUUGUGAAGGACGGACUGAUUUUAUAGUGAUGAUCAUUUUACCUUGAGAAGCCUCAGUUUUAUCCCCUCUUCUGCAAUUGAGUAACGAUCUUCUGCAAUUGUAAAUUUUGUUGAGUCUGUGUUUAUAUUCUUUAUGCUUUUGAUUUAUUUUUGGGCUUGUAUCUCCGAAUGAAUCUUUACCAGGUGAAGUACAUACCACUGGUUGCAGCAAAAGAUGCAUAUACAGAAUGAAUUUUUGAUUGCUUGUGGCUGUGAAUGUAGAUGUUGAUCUGGAACUUUUUGGCCCCGGGAGAUCAUGCUUGAUUGUGUAUUAUUGCGUUAAGAGUCAUUUUCAUGUAUUACCGUGACAACAGAGAAAAUAAGAAGUUUAA